GUUCAUUCGCCAUAUCAUACGGAACUAUAAUCGCACUAUUGGCCCCUUGCAGACGAUCGCCGCUAAAAUGAUAUGUGAUAGGGGUCCAAGCGAUCUGCCAGUUGUACGAGAAUGCAAGAACACGAAGCCCACACAAUCAAUAUUAAUAAAAGAUGAGAUCCUCUUAACUCUAGAGGAUUAGCAGCGGGAUCGACUGCGCUUCUCUGCUCGCUCAACGCCUUGUAACGACAAUGAAGUCGGAAGAGCCAGAACCCGACGCUUGCUCGGCCAAUGCUCCUUCUGUCACAGUGCAAGACGAUGCGAGCAAUGCAAGUUCCGAUAAAGCUGUGCAGUCGUUGUACUGUAUCUUGUCCGAGAAGGAGAAGAUUUUCACAAUAUGUGUCUGUUCGCUGGUGACUUUCUUGGGUCCAGUAGCUGGCAGCAUGUAUCUUCCCGCCAUCAACUCGCUGGCGAGAGACUUGCAUGUGUCGACUGCGAAAAUUUACUUGACGCUUACAACCUACAAGCGAUCUGCCCAUUGUUAACUGCUGGCCUAUCUGAUCUAAGUGGCCGUCGUCCCGUCUUGCUCACCAGUAUCUUCCUCUUUCUAUGCACUACUAUCGGCCUUGCAACUCAAACCAACUAUGCAGCUGUGCUCGCUCUACGCUGCCUUCAGGGCAUCGCCUCUGGUACGAGUACCAUCGUUGCCUUUGCGUCCAUUACCGAUCUGGUUACUCGGGGUGAGCGAGGGAAAUAUAUUUUCUACUCUUCGAUUGGAAUGACACUUGGUCCAUCGAUUGGGCCAACUUUAGGUGGUAUCUUGACGCAGUAUCUCGGGUGGAGAAGUGUAUUCUGGUUUAUGACCGUCAUUGCCGGACUUUUGCUUCUCAUCAUACUGUCAGUCCUACGUGAAACCUGUCGAGCGGUGGUAGGCAAUGGCAGUCUACCCCCUCAGCCAUGGAACAGAUGCAUCCUUCAAAUCGUCAACCCGGUUGGUCACAAGCCCGAGCCCAAGACAAAGAUUAUGUUCAAAAAACGCCCGACGGUACUCCAGACUCUGAGGAUUCUCCAAGACCGACAUUUCGCCCUCCUUGUUCUCUGCAGCGCUACCUGCUUUUGUACGUCGACUGCCAUUUUCAAUGGCCUAGCACCUCUACUUGAGACGAAGUACCAUCUAAAGCCUCUUUAUGUCGGACUCUGCUACCUCCCUUUCACCCUCGGUGCCUGCACCACUCGCUGGACUGCAGGUACAUUUGCCGAUCGCCUAUUCAAGCACUACGCUCGCCAAGCGGGGGUUGAUGUCCGACCAAACCGACAAUGUCCGACUCAAAUCCAGCGCAUUCCUCUUGAAAAGGCUCGCCUGGUCCUGGCAAUACCGUUUGUCUAUUUUUACUGUCUUUGCAUCAUUGCAUUUGGAUGGGUUAUGAAUUAUGAUGUCCAUUUAGCGGGUCCUUUGGUUUUGUUGUUCUUUUGUGGGAAUGCUAGCACGGGCGUUAGCAACACCCUCAGCAUGUUGAUUGCGGACUUGAAUGUGACGAGGCCUGCUUCUGCGCGUGCUGUUAUGAGUAUGGUCAAUUGGCUCGCUUCCGCUGGAGCCUCGGCGGCAAUCAUCCCGUUGAUUGAUGCUAUUGGAAUGGGUUGGCUGGGAGUACUUCUUGCGGGAAUGAUGGUUCUUGUCUCGCCCGCUUUGUGGGCGUUAUAUUUCUGGGGCAAGAAGUGGAGAGAUGGAAAGACUUCAGCGUUAGACUAACUGUGGCCUCCUUGAAUAUACUAUUUCGGUACAUAGAAUAUUGGAUAUUGAUUCAGAUCUUCUUCUUGAUCAGGUGUUCAAGAGAGAAGGUGGUAUAAGAC